UUGAAUGGUUUUGUCCAGAUUUAAGAAAAUUAGCAUAGUAAGAUUUAACAAAAUAUGUAUAAGAGCUUCUUUUUUUAUACUUUUCAGAUACAAUAAAAAUUUUGAAAGAACAGUUGACAGAUUCAUCCAUAAAAAGACAAUCAAUUAGCAAAUGUAUUAGGAACUCAUUUAUUGAAAAAGCUUGCAGUUUCUGUUGACAUGAAAAUAGAUUCUGGCUAUUCAGACAAUUCUGAAGAUAUGCAGUGUCCUUGUGGAUGUAAAACUUUUAUAAAAGUUGGCGAUAAUAGCAUGGGUCAUGAAGAGGUUUGGCAUGGCAGUGUAGACAUACGAGUAGGUCCUUUAGCAGUCACCGUUACUAAAUCAAGCAUUGAUGAAGAAAAUUCAGAACUUGAAGGAAAAGGUGACUCAGCAUUUGAUCUUGAAAUUUAUAAACUGGAGGAAUUACGGCAUCAGUUGAUUCCAGAAAGUAUCAUAUUUUCAUUUGCAAUGCAUUGUGGGCUUGUUCCUAUAGUUGGACUAUCAAAAGAAGACUUUAAGAUAUUUUUAUAUGACCCGAAUGAAGAUUUACUUUAUGAGUCAACUGAGUUUCCAUUAUUUGUUGAACCUAUGCCUAUUGAAGGGAGACAACUACAUAUAUCAUCUGUAGUUGCUUUAUGAAUGGUAAUUAAUUAUGACUGUUUCUGUACGGGUGUAAAAACGUCUCAUGUUGAGUUUGGGUACAAAGCUAAUUUUAAGAAGUUUCUUGGAGAAAAACAGCGUGAAAUUUAUGAACAUCAUAUAAAGAUUGGUGGUUUAAAGAAUGUUGAAAGUGAUGUCAGUGAAUAUCAAGCUGGAGGGAACUGUGGAAAAUUUAAACGAAUCGAAGAAUUGUUAGCUUAGGUAAAAUGAUAAAAGUGAAGGACAUUAAAUGUAGCUCUAUUGUUCAAGGUCAGAGCAAUUGCGAAUGAAUUAGUGUCAUGUUGCCAAUACCCAGUCCCAAUACACAAAGCUAUAUAAACGUCUAGGUGCAUGCUUACCAUUUUUUGAUUUUUGUCCAAUUUGCUAAAUUUUGUACAACAUGCAGUCAAAAAUAUUUCUACAUACUCUUUAAAAAGGGAGACAGGAUAAUUUUUUGUUCAUUUCAAACAAGCAUAAUUGAUAUGUUAAUGAUUUUCCAAUUUAAAAAAUUUACAAGUUACUAGUUUCUAAUUAUUGCUUUUGUUGAUUAUUUACAUGGCAUAGAUAAAAGAUAUAGGUUGACUAUUAAAAGUAGGGUUAUCCUUUUCAGUAACAUUUUGGUUAACGUUUUAUAAAAAUUAGGUGCAACUUCUUGUACAUCUUGAUAUCACAUCAACCACUAUAACCUUUAAGGUACAUUCAUGAAUGUUCUACCAACUACUUGAUGUUUCUUUGGAAACUUAAUGCAUGUGUUUUGCAGAUUGCAUUUUGGAGUAACAAAAUUCAUGUGUCAUUAUCAUAACCUGGUAACUGGGUGUCAUUUUUGUUUUCAUCUUUUUUUGUAUGAAAUCGUCUCUUUGUUAAUUUCUACAUUAUCCAGACUCUUGUUUCAUUAUCAAGCAUUGAGAAUGUUGAGCAUGCUAUCUGACAGCUCUUGUUUAUUUUACUAAGUAUAUUAUUCUCUGUUCCACAUUCAAAGAUUUUUUCAAACUUGACACAAGACAUGAAUAUUAUUAUGAUUGAAUAUUUGUAUCUCAUAAGAAUGUUAUAAAUCAUUUUGUUCCUUUCAUUUUAAGAGUAUAAAGGUGAUAGAAAUAUGAAUAAUUUAUCAUAAUAAAAGUAAUUUUAUGCCCCCAUUCAAAGAUGGGCACAUAGUAUAUGUACAUUGUACAUGUUUCUGUAAUUGCCUUAUCAGUACAUCCAAAAUUAAAUAUUUUAUUGUG